AUGUCUGAGUGGUGGAGUGUGCCCCUGGCUAUCUGUAAAGUAUGUCUGAGUGGUGGAGUGUGCCCCUGGCUAUCUGUAAAGUAUGUCUGAGUGGUGGAGUGUGCCCCUGGCUAUCUGUAAAGUAUGUCUGAGUGGUGGAGUGUGCCCCUGGCUAUCUGUAAAGUAUGUCUGAGUGGUGGAGUGUGCCCCUGGCUAUCUGUAAAGUAUGUCUGAGUGGUGGAGUGUGCCCCUGGCUAUCUGUAGUAUGCCUGAGUGGUGGAGUGUGCCCCUGGCUAUCUGUAAAGUAUGUCUGAGUGGUGGAGUGUGCCCCUGGCUAUCUGUAAAGUAUGUCUGAGUGGUGGAGUGUGCCCCUGGCUAUCUGUAAAGUAUGUCUGAGUGGUGGAGUGUGCCCCUGGCUAUCUGUAAAGUAUGUCUGAGUGGUGGAGUGUGCCUCUGGCUAUCUGUAAAGUAUGUCUGAGUGGUGGAGUGUGCCCCUGGCUAUCUGUAAAGUAUGUCUGAGUGGUGGAGUGUGCCCCUGGCUAUCUGUAAAGUAUGUCUGAGUGGUGGAGUGUGCCCCUUGCUAUCUGUAAAGUAUGUCUGAGUGGUGGAGUGUGCCCCUGACUAUCUGUAAAUUAAAAUAACAUGAACAUUGUGCUGUCGGAUUUGCUUAAUAUAAGGAAUUUUAUACAUUUACUUUUGAUACUUAACUAUAUUUUAAACCAAAUACUUUUAGACUUUUACUCAAGUAGUAUUUUACUGGGUGACUUUCACUUUUAUUCAAGUCAUUUUCUAUUACUUUUACUCAAUUAUGACUAUUGGGUACUUUUUCCACCACUGGGAAUGCUGCCUGUAUCUUUGUUGUGACUGGGUGUGUUGGCACAUGAUCCAAUGUGUAAUUGAUAACUUCACCAUGCUCAAAGGGAUAUUCAAUGUCUGAUUUUUGUUUUUACCCAUCUACCAAUAGGUGCCCUUCUUGGGACGCAUUGGAAAACCUCCCUGGUCUUUGUGGUUGAAUCUGUGUUUGAAAUUCACUGCUCUACUGAGGGACCUUACAUUUAAUUGUGUGGGGUACAGAGAUGAGCUGACAUGAAAAGAAUGAUGACCCCCCCGAGCGAUGACUGUGACGUAAGCGAUCAGCGCCACCCCAUGAAGACACGCUGCGCUGGUGGCCAGGGAGGAGACAGCCCCGGCAUGGACCCAAAAAAAUGGAUUACCUUCAAAGACCUCCAUGACCGGGUCACGCAGCUGCUCUCCACUAAGCUCAACCCCUGUAACAUCAAGCAGUGCAAGUCCAAACUGGACAUCCUCAAUAAGUGCUCCUAUUACCUGGAGGUCAUGCGCCAGGACACUCUCCACCAACCAGACCCGCAGCAGAACUACCUGUCCAACUCCACCAUCCUCCACCUCAUCGAUCCCUGGAAGUUCCAGCGGAUGAAGAAACUGGGCCACAGCCAGGUGCAGAUCCAGCUGAGCCUGCUGGAAGAGCUCUACGAGCAGUUCUGUAAGGGCAAAGUGGAAAUGGAGGCUAUAGCCAGCCAGAGUGACUAUGGCGAUCAAGAGGUCGCCCACAUAAAUGGGAGGAUAGCGCAUCUCAUUAAGGCAUUCACGGACUUUGACUCGACACUGAUGCCCGGGGAGCUGCACACAAAGCACCGGCUCAUCUCCGAGACGGGAAACGCCAAGGUACCCCAGAUCCAUUUGAGGUUGUCCGUCAAAAUGCCCGUGAUGUUCGACACAUCACGCUCGGAGGCUCUGGCCGACUGCGCCCGGCUGCACUGGGAAAUGGCCGGGCAGGAGCAGCAGGAGCCUGGGGAACAGUUUGAGAUCCGCUACAAGCUCCUCCAGCCGACCAACACGGAGGAAGGGAACCAGCUAGGAACGGUGACCUGCAACUCCUACUGCAUACAGGUCAACAACCUGUUGCCGCAAAGGUGCUACGAGUUCACAGUGAAGCGGGCUGACGCCUGCUGCCUGGUCUACGGGUUCUGGAAUGACACCAUGGUGCUCAGAACCAUGCCACUAUCCCCAGGGGGCUUCACCGGGAGCCAGGAGAAGAGGAGGAGGCUGUUCCCCUGGUAAAGGGCUAGCGUGGCAUGAGUGCAUAGCAAUAUGAAAAUAAAGACAUUUUAAUUUUUUUAAUCUCUCUAAUAAAAGACAUUGUCAAGAUUUUGGGGAUUCGAGCCUAGUCCUUUAAUCAUGAUACAGAGCAAAACAAAUAUUGUCCUUGAGAAUGUGUCUGAUAUGUUGUUAUGGCAUUGUUAUGUCUGCCACCUAGCCAUAUGGCCAUACCAGACAUAACUGUGGAGAGAGUGAAGAAGGUUUUUCAUUUCCAAUAGCAGCAUAAACAUGGACAUUUCAAUAUAAUAGCGGAUGUCCAUAAUUAUGGCGGCUCUCAUGCACUUGUCACAAAUGCCUUGUUCGCCGUAUUGUACAUUGAUCUCUUUUUUUCUUUGCAUUGUCUUUAGCAGAGUAAACUGUACAUGAUCCCAAUUUUAGCUCCAAGACCGUGGAAUUAAAUAAAAAAACUAUACAGUA